GGGGAGGGGCGGGGUCUCCAUCUCCCACCUCCGCUCUGCUUCCAGCUGUUCCUCUUCCACACCGUCACCCUGCGCGCCCCGCACAACUUCACGCAGUGCACCACGCGCGGCAGCUUCCCGCAGCCCUGGCACGAGACCCUCUACAACAUGCUGAGCUUCUCCUGCCUCUUCCUGCUGCCGCUGCUCAUCAUGGUGUGCUGCUACACGCGCAUCCUGCUCGAGAUCUCCCGGCGCAUGGGCUCCAGCCUCUUCUCCUCCAGCGACGUGCCGCUGCGGUGCUCUGGGAGCAACAUCCCACGGGCACGGCUGCGCACGCUGAAGAUGAGCCUGGUCAUCGUCUCCUCCUUCAUCUUCUGCUGGACCCCCUACUACCUGCUGGGGCUGUGGUACUGGUUCUGCCCACGGGCCAUGCAGGAAAAGGUCCCACCAUCUCUCUCCCACAUCCUCUUCAUCUUCGGCCUCUUCAAUGCCUGCCUGGACCCCAUCACCUAUGGGCUCUUCACCAUCCCCUUCCAGAGGCGCUGCAGUUGUCCCUGUGGGCACAGCCCUGAGCCUGAGCCACCCUCCUCAGCCACGGCUUCCUUCCAGUGUUCGGCCUCAUCCCUGCGGGGCAGACAGAGCACAGGGGGCACAGAGGGGCCACAGCCACCUAUCGAGCUGGGGCUGCCCACUGGGGCUAGUUCCUGCCAGAGCAGUGCGCCGUGAGCCAGGGCAGCCUGAUGUCACGAAGA